CAAAGUUUCUCAUGGCUAUAUCGUAACGUAGGUACGGUACUUAAUUAUUCCUACAAUUAUUAUUGAAUUAAUGAAAUAAAUUCUUAACAACCAAAAUGACGGACGAACGUAACUUCCGUUCGUCCUACUACGAGAAAGUCGGUUGCCGCGGAGUAGAAGAGAAGAAAACAUUAGAAAUUCUCAUGAAAGAAAAACCUUGGGAUCGAGUUAAAUUGAAGCAAUUUUGUCUAAGAUUUACAGUUUUCGCUGAUUACAGGAAUUUAGUCUGGAAAGUACUACUAGACAUCCUGCCUGUUUACCCAGAUUCAUAUGAAUAUGUGAUGAAACAGCGGACAGAGCAAUAUCAGGAUCUGCUAUAUGCAGUCGAGAAGCUACAAUUGAUUGAACCAUCAGAAAUAAAUGACGGUUCAGGUACCCCUCAGAGCAAAGUAUUCCUGGAGAUGUGGGUUUUAGAAAAUGAAGAAUGGAAACCACCUGUAUUCCCAGAGACAAACUUUAACUCUGCAGAUACGUUCCUCCCAAUUUCUAAGACACUCAGGGAACUUUAUGAUGAUCCAGUGGAUGUAUAUUGGUUCAGUAAGAGAUUUACAGAGGUUGUGAAGAACAUGCAGAAAGAUCUCAACAAAUUGAAGGAAGCAUUCUAUAAUAUGUUGGACAAACAAGAUGGAGAAUUGUAUAUUUACUUGCAAGAUAUAAAUGCAUUGGAAGUAAUACCAUUGGUGAACUGGUUUAACUGCUGCUUUGCUGGAAUAUUGGAUGAUACAUCUUUACCGAAAAUAUGGGACAAAGUGUGCAGCGGAGCACCUAAAAUUUUAGCAUAUGCUGCUGUGAUGCUUGUCAUUACUUUACGCCGCAAUAUUCUAAAAGCUAAAAAUGCUGAUGAAGUUGUAAAAUGUGUAACAGAGAUUCCAAAGCAAUGUGAGGAGGUAGUGGCCAACAAAGCGAUUGACUUGUGGCAAUAUUACGGAGCCCAACCGCAAAGCGACCAAUUGGCGAAGAAAUGAUGUAUGACCUUCUAAUGGGUUGAACUCAUUAGAAGGGAAAUUUGCUAACGAAAUGUUAAGUGGACCUGUAAACUUUUGUAUAGUAUAAGGCAGCAUAAUAUAAGGUAGGCAGCGGCUUGGCUCUGCCCCUGGCAUUGCUGAAGUCCAUGGGCGACGUUAACCACUCACCAUCAGGUGGGCCGUAUGCUCGUCUGCCUACAAA